CAGUUUCAGUUGGCCGAUGGUGCGCUUACAAAACGCCGGUUUUUCGGCGGACGCGUUCGCCUUCGCUUUCGCGCUCCUUGAAAAUCCAAAACCCUGCACACACAGAUACUCACCCACACACACUAAUAAUACAGGCGGUUGGGUGGGGGAGGUGAAAGUGCAAUAAGAAAGUGCAGCGGGGUGAGGGGGCGGGAAAGUGGCCGAAAUUCCGUGCAGCACUCUAAAGCCAACUUUAGCAAUUGGAUGGCGUUAUUUUUGGAUUAAGCAGCGCCAAAUUGUUACAAACGAACGAACAACGACCGACAUUUAACGAUUAACAUUAAGACCAACUGAAGUAGGGGCAAGUGCUUAGGAUUCUAUUUUUCGAAUCGCCCAUAUACCGCCAGUAAAGAAGAACAACAAAAGAAAACCCGAUAAGCAAAACUAAGUCGAGCGGAAGAUUUUAAAAAAUAUUUUUUAUCAACAAUAUUUUCGAAAAACUUCCAAAGACAUUCGAAGCAGUAGCAGUAGAAGCAAUAGCAGUUGAGAGCUGCGAGGCAAACAAAAGGAAGGCAACAAGCAACAAGCGAAGUUAAACAUUGCCAAAGGAGCAACUCGAUUCCGCAGGAAGAAGCAGUCCACAGAGGAAACAAACAUCCUUGCAAAAUGGCCGCCCUACAACGGAAGCUGGUGCACAAGCAGUUCAACUCGCCCAUGGGCCUCUAUUCCCAGGAGAACGUGAAGGCCACCUUGAACCGCGAGCUGAAAGCCUUCGGCGGCGAGGGGAUUGAAGUUGACGAGCAAAUAACAAAGCCCCUGAACUUGGCCAACUCGGCCGUUCUGCGCGCCGUCGAAGAGGAAGAACAACAAGCCAAAUGUGAUUUUUACCCCAUUGAAAGGCAGAGCCGUUCGCGUCAGCGAGGCGAGGUGGAUGCACUGCAUCACACACUGCACCAGCAGCUGCUCAACCAGAUCAAAACAGACUAUCUCAGUCACCAGCAGGACAUCACCAUCGAUCGGGACACGGUGCUGAAAAUCAACCGUCUGGCCACCAAACGCCAUCUGCUCAAGCGGGAUCACAGCUGGCCUCCAGCUGAGCAGGAUCAACCGUCCAUCAAUGCCGAACAGAGCCAUCAGAUCUCCUGCAGUCCCUCGCACAGUAUUGAGGCUCUGCGGGAGAAGUUCCAGAGUCCCACCUUGGUUAUCGAACCCACCGCCAAGGAAGUGAGGGAGCAGCGACGACGGGAUGGAGAUGGUGCCUCCAAGGAGCGAUCCAAAACUCCCCAAAAGGUCAACGAUGAACGCAACCUGGCGGAGGUGUUCCAUCAAACUCCCUUAUCGAAGGGCUUCUCCGCUCCCGAAACCAAAGCAGCCGAUGUGGACUUGGGUUUGGUAGCCCCGCGAUGUGAGUACUACGAGCAGUUGGCCCACAAAAGAUCCACCACACCAACUCUGCCUGCUCAAGUGACUCCAUAUAGGCCAAGAUACAAGAGGCAGGCUUAUUCCCUGGAUCGUGGACGCGCCCGGAAGCGGACAGUGGGUGCUCCAGAGUUGCCGCCACCCAAACCGAGAACCGCAAAGCCGAAAGUCCAAAGGCGUUGCAUAAAACUGGCCACCGAGGUGAAGAUCUCGUAUGGCCACGACGGCGACAGCGAGGAUGAGCCCAAUUCUGGUCAAGAUGUGGACUUGGAGACCUUGCCGCUGCCACCGACACCGGUGCAGCCAGCUGCCGUGAAUCUCAAUCAAGCGCAGACAGCAGGGCGAAUGGUAAUUGACAAGCUGGCAGUUAAGGAGCAGCAGCAGAUGGCUUUGGCUUUGGCCACAAAUGGGAGCAUCAGUCCGAAUCCGAAUCUGAAUCCGAGUCCGUUGGCCAACACUCGCAUUGUGCCCAUUCGCGUGGAGGCAUCGACGGAGCAGCUCAAGCUGAGUGCCCAGCAGAUCUACGACGACGCCUGUUCGUAUCUGCAGGAUCACCAGGAGAUGGAGGACAUCCAGCAGCGACCCCCCAGUCCCACCUAUGUGAGUGCCACCGGUGGUAUUAAGUUGCUCCAGCGGCAGUCGAGCAGUACGCCAGCCACACCAGUUCCACCGCCACCUCCUCCGCCAGUAAUGCGAUCCAAGUCUGUCCAGAAUUCGCAGGCUAAGGACAAGCAGACGAAGAGACAGGGUCGCAUCUACAACCUGGAGACCACUACGGAGAAGCAGCAUGAGGCGCAUGUUGAAAUUGCCCAGUUGGAGGCAAAGUAUGCCCACAUCCAGCAAUCCAUAGCGGAGCACCUGCUCCAGAUCGAUGCCUAUAUGGAGAACGCCAAACAGGCGCUGCAGAGGAGUGCCCAGACCACACCAGUAUCAACUCCGGCCCCAAUACCAACGCCACCACCACCUCCUCCGCCGCCACCACCACCAUUAGCAGCACUACCCGCCAGACCCCUCAGUUCGGCGUCCAACGAAUCCUGGGACAUCUUCGCCCAUCGCCAGUCACCCAUUUUGGCAGUGGAAAGUCCACUGCAGGCGAUUCUCCGCCAGAUUUACACCCGGGCAGCUGGCUUACCGAAAAGGCUUUCCAAAGAGAUUAAGGAGGAUGCCGACGCCGAGGAGGAGGAGGCAUCACUUACUGAAAACGUGCCCAUUGUGGAGCGGGCUCUGGAGGAUCUGCACAAGAUUGCGGUGGCACUGGAGCAAAAACCGGAACCCGCGAAACUCAUGCACGUAGAACUCCGGACAGCGCCAGCUGUCUCUGAAGCGGAGCACGUAGUCAUCAAGGACGAGGAACAGGACGCGGAACAGGACGCGGAACAGGAUGCGGAACAGGACGUGGAACAGGACGCGGACAUGGAGUACAGACACGUAUCGGAUGUAAUUGCCAACUAUGAGCAGUUGGCCAAAAAGGAGUACGAUGAGUGGAGGGAGGAGCAGGUGGUAAAAAGCGAGGAGGUCCUGCCCAAAACCGAGUUGAGAAAGGCAAUAGAGGAGCAGCUGGCCAAAAAAGGAUUGAGGGAAGGUAAAAAGGUACUUGAAGGGGAGGAAAAACCACUUACCAAACUGGAUGUUCAAAAGGAUGUGAAAAAGGAUGCCAAUGCAGUGUCACCAGCCAAACAAGAUUUACGGGAAGAAGAAAAGGUAUCUAUCCUAAAAGAGAGUGGCAAAGAUUUGGGUGCAAGUGAAGCCAAAGAAGAUCUCACAAAGGAAGCAGAAGGGGAGGAAAAGGACAGAUCCUGCGGCCAUGGAGAUACCUCAGUCUACUGCCCAGUUUGUGAUGAAAUGCGCUGCUCACCAAACACCUGGGGCAAACUGAGCAAAGCCGAUCAAUGGCGGCUUGCCAAUCUGCACAACGAACCCUUGAGGAACUACAAAGCCACCUACGAGAUACGGAGUCCGUACAUCUCGCGGCAGAUCUCCUGGGAGGACAUGCAGUCGGCCAAGGAGAAUGUGCCGCCCGAGAAACUGCAACGUCAGCGGAGUUUCGUGGAGAUUGUGACCACACCAGCGACUGAAUCUCCGCCGCCAUCUCCGCCGCCUCCACCUCCACCUCCACCGAAGCAGUUGGCCCUGCAGAAACCGGAAACGGAAGCAGCAUGGGAGCGCAGUCGCUCGCCCAGUCCGCUGCCAUCUCGCAAGUAUCCCGCUCCACUCAUAGAAGCACCACAGCGCUCCAGCUCUCCCUAUGGCCUCAAUUCCGUCCGCUCGAAAGCCACACCAUCGCCCGUCAAUCUGCCGGCGAAAUUUACGCAUGUGCCGCAACUGGAAGGCCACAAUAUUGGACUACUGGUGAAAACGGCCACGGAGCCACUGCAGCAGAGCAUGUCGGCAUCCUCUUCACUGCUGGCUGCCACGCCCCCGUCCACGCCCCGUUCUGCGGCACAGCCCUCGCCCUUCGAAUUCCCCAGUCUCGGUCGGGAGUCGGCGGAGCAGCACAAGUUCAAAUCCCUGGCCUCCAUGGAGGAGGUGCAGCGAGAUUUCGGCGUUAAUCGAUCCUUCGAUAAUGUGUCACCACGUCCAUAUCUGGGUAUUGAAGGCUACAAGCGUGUGGCCUGGCCACCGGCCUCCGAGGAGCGGAUCAUCCGGGAGUUCACCCCCCAGCCGCAGACCCAGAGUCCGGCUCCCGGUGCCGGAGGCUACUAUCCCCAGGCCCAGGCCCACGCCCCCAGCACAGCAGCGGCUGCCGCGCCACCUCAGCAGCAGCAGCAGCAGCAGCCUGUGCAGUACACACAGGCCCAGUUCAGUCGGCAGCGCUCGAGGGAACCUGUCCAGGUUCCAGCUCCAUCUCCAGCGCCCGCAUCCGAGCCCAGCUAUCCCGCUAAUCCGUACCAGAACUAUCAGUCCAACUAUCCGCAGGAGCCGCUGCAGGCAGCGAACAAUGUGGGUGGUGGCUGGAAACACAUUGGUGCGCCGCAGCCCAAGGAACGCAGUGAAUUCACCGCCGGCGGAGGAGCCUAUCCUCCGUUCCAGGGAUCCUACCAGCAGCAGCCGCAGCAGCAGCAGCAGUACGGUGCUCCGUCUUACGAUGGCCAGCAGCAGCAGCAACCUGCAGCACAGUGGCAACAGCAGCAGCAGGUUCCGCAGCAGCAAUAUCAGCCUCAAUCGCAGGCUCAGGCGCCCUAUCAGCCAGCACAGUGGAACCAACAGCAGCAGCAGCCAUCGUACCAGGCUUCACCGUACCAACAGCAGCAGCAGCAGCAACAGCAGCAGCCAUCCUAUUACCCACAGCAAAACGGUGGCUCGACCUUUGCUCAACCCCAAUACAAUUCUUAUUCGCAGCCCCAGUUGCCCUACUCGCAGGAUCAGACUGAUCUGCAGCAGCAGCAACAGCAGCAGCAAUAUCCAGGAGCCUUCGCUGGACAGGAUAGCUACCGGGGCGCCAGUCCCGGCAUCAUCACCCUGCGCAAGGAGGCUCCAGUCAGCCAGCAGCCAGCGCCAGUCUACACUUCGCAGCCUGCCGCCGUCAGUUAUCAGGGAGGCAGCAAAUUGCGCGGAGAUUUGAAGUGGCCACCACCGGAGUACAAGGAGGCAGCUGCUCGCGAGAACGAGGAACGACGCCAGUUGGCGUUGGGCCCCGUCUGCCGUCCCAGGCGAAUCAACCGGGACUACACACCCUUCUUUGCCAAGCACCAGUUGAACAAUGGAUAUCCCAGCUACAAGGUGCCUCCUGGCACCCAGCACAUUUUCGGCUAAGUUUGGGAAAGGAGACUUUAAGAUGCCAAUAAGAACAGCACGAUAAAAUAUUCAAUGGAACCCACUUCAUAAUAAUACUGAAAACGAUCAUGUCUAUGUUACUAAAACGAAUCACUAACGAAGCAACCAAUCUAUAUAUAGGAUAUAUAUACAAUUGUUAUACUAAUCUCAAAUGACCACUAACGACGCCAUAUAUAUACUAUACAUAUAUUACGAAACGAACCCAUGAUAGGUGAAUGCAAUACUACAGCAGGUGUGACUUCAACCCGUGAAUCAUCUUCAAUAUUUUCUAUAUAAUAGAUGCUAAAUGAUUCAACGAAAUCAGAUGGCACACUGUUAAGUUAAUACUAAUGAUGAUUCGUGGGCUUGGAGGCCUGGAUGAAAUCCGGAUGCCCAAACGGGGCGAUGGAUAACGAAAAUCUCCAUGUACCCAUACUAUAUACACAUAUUUGGAGCAUGUGCAUAUAGUAUGGCCUAGAUAGGAGACCAGAACUAUAUGCUAAAUCAUAUAGUGUUAGAUUCUAAGAUGAUUGUUAAAACUGUUAACUAGCAAAUGAAAUGGACACGAUGCGACCCAAGACGGAAAAAUGAUAAUGAGAUUGAACCUUGUCUUAGUUUUAAGAGCACUACUAAACUAUUUAUUGUGAGCAUAUUCUAUUUAACGCAGAUCCCGUGCAGCGAUGAGCUCAAGGUAACCGCCGGUGGGGAAACCACAUUCACUAAUUGUAAAUUGUAAGAUGAUGAGUUGCCCGAUUUCAGGGCACAUCCUUUGGAGCCGCUCGCACGGGUUUCUCCAUGUUUAUGGUUUGAGUUUGCAUGCUUUUUGCUUAUAUCUAUACUAUAUGCACAUAUAUAUAUAUAUAUGAAUUUACCUUGACAUUGUUAAACUGCAAAUUAUAAAAAAAACCGUCAAUUAUCCCGCUAUAAGUAAGUUAUACAAGAGAUUAGGCGAACGCGCCGAAACCAAUCUGUGAGUUCCCAAGAAGGCCAUUCAAGGACAAUAAAUUUAACGAGCUCGUUCGGAUCAUCACUCCCCACCAAAAUGCCCCCUCCAUCCGCCCGAGGUCGGUGCUUUAGUCCGCCCGCUGACCCCGGGCAAUAAUAUGAGGAUGCCUUUGCCUGCUGGACGAGCAGCCGCGGACUCAGUGCCCAGAUCUUGGCGAAUGGAGCGGGAAUGUGGCCGGGUCGAGGCUGGAGAACGGGCCAAAAACUCUCAGACUUUACCAAUUACUACUACGACCAGCAAUGUCUAUACGCAACUACACUACAAUGUAUAACUAAUACAAAAUGAGAAACUAAAUAAACGGCAAGUUUUGAAUACUCGCGACGAGAAGAA